UGAUCGCUGACUCGGCUGAGAAACCUGACUGAAAACAGAUACACAAGUGCUAAUUGCCAUGCUGCUGUCAGGGCCACCAUCCCGUCCAUUGUUCAUUGCUUCUUUUUUGCUGUUGUUUAUCUUCAUAGGGAGCCAUUUGCGACACAAUCUCACCUCACCGGCGACCUUGUUACAACGAACGAGUCCAGCGCCGCGUUCCACUACCAAUCCUCUGGAUUUCAGUAUUCCGCUCCAAUUCGAAGAAGGAAAGCCCAAACCGCCAGAGGAAACCUAUUCCUGGACAGUCGUUGUUCCAAAGACAGCUGAAGAAGAUCUGAGAUGGCUCGAAAUCGAAGUUCCUAGCGAACAGUUGAUGGUUUACGAAGUGGACAAUCCAAACGCACAGAACAGAGUCCCCAAAAACAAGGGUAAGGAAGCUAUGGUAUACCUGAGUUAUCUGAUCGACCAUUACGAUAAUCUCACCGACACCAUCAUCUUCUUGCACGCCCACAAUGAAGCUUGGCAUAACAAUGAGUUGCUCGAGCAAAAAACCGUCCCUAUGAUCAAGAGACUGAGUCAUGACCGCGUUGCGCGACUGGGUUACAUGAACCUGCGUUGCCGCCACGAUCCUGGGUGUCCAGAUUGGCUUCACCUCAACAGACCGGGCGGUGAUUUUGACUUCGUUCGCAAGCCGGAGGAGAUAUACUGGAGGCGCCACAUCUGGGAGGAAUUACAUCCCGGCGCUCCUAUUCCGCAGUCGUUGUCUGGUGUUUGUUGCGCACAGUUCGCUCUCAGUAGAGACCGUGUACGUCAGGUCCCGAUCGAGAGGCUUCGUCAUUACCGCAGGUGGCUUCUCAACACGAGCGCUUCAGACUACUAUUCUGGCCGAAUCUUCGAGUAUCUCUGGCACUACAUCUUCACCGGCCACGAAGUCUAAUGCCCCGCGCGGAAUACAUGCUAUUGCGAUGGUUACGGAGUGUGCUUUGGUGGGCGUCAAAACUUCGAUGAAUAUUGGGAUACAAGUACUCAACACAGUAAAGAUUGGAAUGAACUUGAACGGCAUAGGAACGCGCUGGUAGAAGCUGAGAGGAAUAACGAGACGCAGGAACAGAUACAGAGACUUCAAUGGAAAGUGGAAGAGCUAAGCAAAGCGGUCUUGGAUGCGCGUGAAUGGAUGGAGCAGAGGCGAAAAAAGGCAUUUGAGCGAGGGGAGGAUCCGGAGAAGAGAGCGGCAGAAACGGAAGAUUGGGAUUUUUCCGGGAUCGAGAAAUUUCUACCUGAUGAUGCGGGACGUUGAAAAGAAACGGUGUUGUGUUUUGUUUUGGCCAAU